UCGUCUAGCACUUUGUUCGAAGGCACAGUGGACGAGCGUGCAGUCUAUCUUGGACCAUGGGAGGUGAUAGAAUCGGACCCUCGCAGGGUCGCCUGGCAGUGCAGUCACCAAGGCGAGACGCUGGAGCAAUUCCUUCCGAUGGGCCUGUCCUCACAGGUUCAACCUGUCACGCUCCACGCCCAGCACCGGCCGUACUCUGACCCAGCCGAGAUGGAGCUGUACGUCAUCUUUCGAGAACCACAACGCGUGCGGUAUACGGCAGCGGAUGGCACGGUCGUGCAUGACGAGGUGAUGGAGGUCAAGUACGAAUUCACCUCACUCGACGGCUCUGCGGGCUUUCAGGGGGAUCUGCGGCGGCAAGAUUUGGUCGACUAUUUCGACGUCGAUGUUGUCUUCAGCGACACACACGGCCGCACCGACUCUCUGACGGGCGCAGUGCGGGGGUUAGUUACGAUCCAGAGGAUCAAGGUGUGGAGGGACAGGCUAUCCAUGUGUCACUGCAUUACGUUCUACUCGAAUCGACCGUCCAGCCGUCGGGAGCGAAGGUAUCGUGAAUACCACGUUGCCGAUUUCCAUGAGGAGCUCAAGAGCCGCGACGACAAGCACAGGGAGUGCCGGCUGGGUGCAAUAGGCAGGCGUGGGAGUGCGCCCAAUGCCGUCCGGGCGAGGAGCUUCUCCAUCUCCUCGCCCACUUCUUGGGACUAUCGUCGCUUCAUGAAGCUAUGGGCAGAUUGUCACGCCGCGGAUAGCGAGUUUCGAGGGAGCUUGCUGCCUCGGGAUCAUGUCGAGCUACCGUCUCCAGCGAUUCGGGCGCGGGAGGCCUUUGAGCCUGAUGCGACGGGAAUGGUAUUCAGAAGCCUGCCUGAGGAUCUGGAAACACUGAACGAGGCGACGAGAUGA